AUGAAGUUCGAUCACAUUCUUUCUCUUUUGCUCCUCGGCGCUUCGGCCGCCAAUGCCGUUGCGGUGCCUGAGCCUGCCAACAUCCUUGACUCGACGAAAAAGGAGCUCGGCAAGCGCAAGGGCGGCGGCGGCGGUGGUGCUCGAGGAGGAGGAGGUGGUGGUGGUAGCUGCGCCCUACAAAGCGGGCAGCAGGAGUCCCAGCGGCAUCACGCCGUUCCUUUUGUCGGCGCUGCCGCCCUAGCCUUCUGGCCUGGACUCUGGCUCUACGGCGCCUACUCGUAUCCUUACAGCCAUCCCUACCGCUUCCACAACAACACCCGGGAUGAGGAAGAGGAGCUUCCUGUUAUCUGCGCUUGCGAUCCUAACAGCGCUUGCGGUUGCGACGAGAACCAAGACACCGCAUAUCUGUCCGAUCUCAUUGGCGACGGCAGCUAUAACGGCCUCAACCACUCACUCAUCACCGUUGCGGAGGUGAACGGCACCAAGACCAUCUUGAUCAACGGCACUCUCUCCAGUGAUACCGAGGCGCCAUCCGACGGCGACGAAUCGGCCGCUAUUGCGAGAGCGGUCGAGGCUCUUGGCUACUGGCCGAUGGUUGCCGCCGCCCUCGCCGCGGUUUUUGUCGGGUAA